AUGUUCGCACUCGCACUCGCACUCGCAUGGCUGCUGUGGCUCUGCAUUGCCACCGCCACCACACACCGAUACCUCAUCAUCGAGCUGGACCGCGCGACGGCGCUGAGCACCGAGCACGUCGUGCACGACCUCGCUGCUCUCGCUGCACAAGAAGCAGCACAUGGCUCGAGCAUCGUCGUCCGCAAGCGUCGCGACUUGCACUCGGAUCUCUUCCACGGCUUCUCGCUGGAUGUCACGUCUCGCAACGGACUGGAAGACAUUGCUGCCGUCCACCGCGCCAUCCGCCGCCAUCACGCCGUGCACAAUGCCUGGAUCGGCGCCGCAACAGCAGCCCGUCCUGCGGCACAGCCACUUGAGCAAUCGAGGCCACAUACACGCCCCGCCCGAUGGGAGACCGCGUCCCAUCCCCCGCACGCGCAGAUCGGCGUAGACCGACUGAACGCUGCUGGCGUCCGAGGCAAGGGCAUCCGCAUCGCCAUCCUGGAUUCGGGCUUUGACUACAAACAGAAGACCUUCCAGUAUGCCAUUGGGCCUGGCAACAAAAUUACAUAUGGCCGCACAUGGAUCAACGGCUCCAGCAUCCACACCGGCACCGACGACGACCAUGACCCAUAUGCCGAAUGCUCACAUCAUGGCACCCAUGUGCUGGGCAUCGUGGCAGCCAACCCCACCGACUUUGGCGUCGUGGGCGUGGCGCCAGACGCGACCAUCGAGUUGCACCGAGUCUUCGAUUGCGACGACAACACGGACGAGGACACGUUGCUCAGUGCCCUCACUGCUGCAUGGCAGCGAGGCGUGGACGUGAUCAACUGCUCGUGGGGCUUGAGCGACCCCUACGAAAGUGCGACGUCCAUUCUCGCCGCCAGGAUCAUGAAGAAUGGCACGUAUAUGCAGUUUACUGCCGGCAAUGCGGGCCCUCGAACCUUCACCAUCCACGCUCCUGGUGCGACCCACGGCAUUCCGGCUGUCGGAUCGGUCGACUGUGCCAGCAGUGCCGCAUAUUUUUGGAAUGGAUCGCUGUCCUCGGAUGACGUGCAGCGCCGCAUUCGCUGGGUCCCGGGACGCACGAAUUACACCGUAACCGCCUUCCCGCCGCAUCUCGACGUGUGGGCACCCCUUGAGAGCACACCAGAGAACAUGCCGUGGCAGCCCGAUGCUUUUCCUGCGCACCUGGCAAUGCCAGACAUGGAUAAGACUCUGUUCAUGGUUCGACUGGAUUUCUUCGCGAUCCAUCAUGAGCGGAUCGUUGCCCGCAUCAAGCCGCGAUAUGUGCUGCUAUACCAUCCCGCAGGCGGCGAUCUUGCCUUCCCCGGCAUGUACUUUCCAUCGUGGCCGUUGUCGGAACUUCCAGACACGAGCGCUUUGGCUACUAUAGAGCACGCGACCGCAGUGAAGAUGCUGCACGACAUCAUGCAAGGCAGGCGGGUAACCAUUUCCCUCGCGCGCGAGGAUGCCCAUGCUGACCAGGUGGCAUAUGCCGUCAACACCCGCACCGGUGGAAGGAUGACGGAGAAUAGCGGCUGGGGACCAACUGUAUCCGGGGAAGGUGGAGUGACCUUUGCUGCCCCGGGGGGCAGGAUUCUCUCCACACUGCCGCGACUGUACGGAGGCUUCGGACAGCUCACUGGCACGUCGAUGGCCGCGCCACUGGUGGCUGGAGUCGCUGCAUUGCUGAAACAACUUCACCCCUCUUGGACCCCGGAUGACAUACGCAAUGUGCUGGCUACGACUGCUCGACCAAUGCCCUACACGGACAAUAGUACUCAUGACUACGGCUUCCUGGCGCCCGUCAUUCAACAAGGAGGCGGAUUGAUUGAUGCUUGGAGUGCUGCUCACACCACGACCGUGGCCAACGUCUCGGCCCUCGACUUUCUGGAUCUUCGACGUCAACCGAAAUCGCUUGCUUUCUCCUUGACGAACAUGGGCGACGAGACUGUCACAUUCAAUGUAGGCCACAUCGGUGCGGCAUCUGGAUAUGCGAAGGCGGCUUCUCCGGACAUCCGUUCUGCUGAUGACAAACAUCUCGAGCAAUCGCGGUCGUUGAUGGCAAUAUACGCCGACGUCCAAGUACAUCCCGAGGCCCUGCGCCUAGUGCCUGGAGAGACGGCCGUAGUGCGUGUGGCUGUCAUGGCGCCUGCCAGGCUCAAUCCGUCGCGCCUGCCAUUCUACGGCGGCUACAUCGCGCUCAACUCCACUGACAGCGCACAGAACCUGACAGUCCCAUACAGUGGCAUCGCUGCUCGACUCCCGGAUGAUUUUCCUCUCGUCACGCCGAAGACCGUCCGAUCGGCGGUGUAUUUACCAAGCAAGAAUGCACUUGUGAACUGUCCUUACAACACUACCUUCAAGCUGGCCCUCGUUGAUAACACAGCGAGAUUCCUCGCUAAUGCUUGGCCGGUCGUGACAUUUGGAACGCCCCCACUCGUACCACGAGAAGCCCGUGUUUCGAUUAUUGACACUGCCAGUCAGCAGGCGAUUGUCACGCAUACCCUUACUCAUUCGGAUUGGAAAGCGAGGCGAUAG